AAUCUAACGGCAACUGGAUAGGUGUAAUACGGAAUUCAAACAUCAAUAUGGGAUGCGUUCAAGUGCGCAGCCAUUUUUAUAGCACUGUCAAAUGGUAUCAUUUUGAAUUUUGACAUUUGUUUCUAACGAUGUUUUCAACAUAAACAAAAUUGUUCGCAUCAUUCACACGAGAUAGACACUGGCACGUAAUUUGGAAAAAAAUGAACAAAAGUCGAAAAACUAUUAGCAAAGAAACGCAAGAGGCCAUAAAACAGUUCCUUUCGUCGAAUGUUUCGCGACAAAAUGAAUCUCCAGCCACACCAAAAACGGAGCUGGAUGCGAAUUUUUCGCGAAUUCUCCAGAAAAAACGUGAAGAACAAUUGGAAGCGUCAAGAUUAAGGCUUUACAAUAGCACCGUAUUAAGGUUAGAUUCAACGGUCGAAGCAAGCCACACCGAGAAAAAAAGUGAAAGCCUAGGAUCGAUGCCGGUUAAGAGGGCUGCCGCCAUAGAAUUAGAAAAUAGCAUGAUGGUGUUUAGCAAAGUCAAUAAAUCAUGGAAUGAGCUGUCGGAUGGCGAAGACAGUUUUUUGGCUUUAGAGCGUCAGUGUAACAUGGAUGAUAAACGGGAUCAAUUAAUCAAUGCCAACGACACCCUUCUGUUUGAUGUUGAACCACCAUCUGAGCUAUGGAAUCAAACCAUUAACCAAACUCUUGUUGUGACCAAUUUGAAUAAUUCAGAAAUUGAUGAUGAUACGAUUGAAAUAUCACCUGCUGUGCACAUCGGUGUCACUCAUCCAUCGACCAUAAUCGAAGAAACGUCUUCGCAAAUCGAUUCGGCAAGCAAAAGCGUCGAUUCAUCGUCAAGUGCAAGGUCAUCGUUCAAUGAUACUGCGUCCACAAUCGAAACAGUCAAAGAAUUAUCGACCAAAAGUUGUGAUACAUCUAAAGAAAGCAAUUUAAGUGGACAACGGGCCAGAAUUUCACCACUUACCCAACAGAAUACCAAAAACAAUAAGGUGGAACGCCAGAGACGUGGCACAUUUGCGUUCAAACGUGCAAAUUACACGUUUUUCCCCGAUGAAAAUUUAAUGCCAAUCAACGAAAGUAUCGCAUCCAAAACGAGCACUUCUGAAAAUGUCGGUUCCAAAAGUAAUGGAUCUAAAAGUGUUGCAUCGCAAAGUGCCGGAUCUCAAAUUUUAACACUUCAAUGUGUAACAACGCCAAAUCAAUGUGUCACAUCCACCAGCAAAGUAAUACCAAAGUUGAUUGACAUCGACAUCGAACCAAACAAUGCCAAAAACAAGAACAAUGACGAAGACGAUGAAGACCAAUUCAACAACACGCUAGAACGUGUGGAUUAUCUUCUGGAAAAGGGCAAACAAAUCCUCGACGAAACACCGGUUGCCAAAAGGAGUAUUCAUCAUAAUAGCCAGCUAUUAGAAACGCCAUUAUUUUCAUGCAAACGCAAACGGCUACUUAGUGAAAUGGCCGCAGAAAUGCUUCCAUUACCAAAACGUGGGCCACUCAUCGAUUUUUCGACGCCAGAAGUCACCGGACAGUCGCGGUUUAGCAAACUUGCCCGGAAAUAGGAUUUAGUAACGAUAUUUAAAACGAAUAUCCUCAGUUCAAAAUGACAACACGUGAAAUUUUUUAUAAAAAUUUUCGUACCAAAAAAUCGGAAAUUCAUCGAAUUAGGAUAUUUAUCAUCUUAUUUUGAAUUUCCGACUUUUUUCUCUACAAUUCUCAUAUUGAAGCCAAGAUGUUGAAAUCGAUUAAGACUUCUCACGCGAUUAAACAUUGAUUAUUUUCUCAAUGUGAUUGACAGUGGCCAUAGCAUCAGUUUUUUUUUUAAAUUCAGCAAAAAUAUACGAAAAAAAUAAUACCCAUACAUUUUAUGUAGUGCUAAAAUCUAAAUUAGUCUAAGCAAACAACAAAUAACAUGUAAAUUCAUUUUACAUCAACGCAAUUUCAUUUUAUUAAAUCACAUUUUCAAUUCAUUUAGUCGACAUUCAAUUGUGAUUUCAUUCUUUCAUUAAAAAAAAAUUGUACUUUAUUGAAAAAUGAUCAAAAAAUAAAUGAAACUAACUGAAUCAACCUA